AUGGCCGACAUCAGCCGUGGGUUCGUAAAAAGGGCCGGUAGAUCCCCGGACAAGAAUGACCCAGGUUACCAACUGGGAGAUGAUGAGGGGUAUACAUCAAUAGACGGCCUGUGUCGAGAUCUCGACCCGGUCAUCCAUCUCGUCUGGAGAUCAGGGACUCCCAGCCUUCAAAUACCCUCGCUCCUUAGCAUCGCCACCGAGUUCAACACAUGGAUGAUCGGCUUCCCCCCGUCGCCAGACCACAUCUUCCCGCUCCUCCGCAAAUUAGAUCACUGCUUCGCCAGCCUGCUCGCGGGCGAAGACAUCGUCACCCACGAGUCCCUACCGGGAUUUGAAAACGGCUUGCGGGGGGGCAUGAGCACGACCGACAUGAUUCGUUGCAGGAGCACGGCUUUGGAUGCUAGGACAGUAAUCAUGGCUGUUCUAGGUCGAAUGGAGCAACGGGAGGGGGGUGAUGGUGAGGGGGAGAGCGGGGUCGAUGAUGACGAUGACCAGGACCUGGAAGCUCACUACAUGGACGCGGCGCGGGUGUAUGAGUAUACCCUGGUCAAACUGGGGGAGACACUCGGUGGAUCAGGGGUCGCAGAUGUACCCAUGAUGGCGGAUUAG